AUGCCCUUGCAGGGCUCCCAGGGGAGGCUUUGGGGCUCACUCAAUGCCACAACCCCUGCCAAAGCCCACUUGGGGCUGGCUGUCAACCAGACUGGCACCUGGUGCCUGGAGGUGCCUGUGCCUGACGGGCUCUUUCUCUCGCUGGGGCUGCUGAGCCUGUUGGAGAACUUGCUGGUGGUGGUGGCCAUCAGCAAGAACCGGAGCCUGCACUCGCCCAUGUACUACUUCAUCUGCUGCUUGGCUGUGUCCGACCUGCUGGUGAGCGUGAGCACUGUGCUUGGGACAACAGUUGAGCUGCUGCUGGAGGCUGGCACCCUGGCCCUGCAGGCUGACACCAUGCAGCGCCUGGACAAGGCCAUCGCUGUGCUCACCUGUGGCUCCAUGGUGUCCAGCCUCUGUUCCCUGGGCGCCAUCGCGGUGGACCGCUACAUCACCAUCUUCUACACCAUGCACUACCACAGCAUCGUAACGCCGCUCCGUGCGCACCGGGCCAUUGCCACCAUCUGGGGGGCCAGUGCGCUGGGCAGCACCUUCUUUGUCGCCUAUUACGACCACGCUGCCGUGCCCCUGGGUCUGGUCAGUUUCUUCUUGGGCCUGAUGGCGCUCAUGGCAGCACUGUACGUGCACAUGCUGGCUCGGGCCUGCCAGCACGCCCGCCGCAUCGCCAGGCUCCACAAGCCAUGGCACCCUGCUCGCCGGGCCCUGGGCCUGAAGGGCGCCGCCACGCUCUCCCUCCUGCUGGGCUUCUGUUUCCUCUGCUGGGGCCCCUUCUUCCUGCAUCUCAGCCUCAUCGCCCUCUGCCCCCAGCACCCAACCUGCAGCUGCGUCUUGAAGAACCGCAACCUGUUCCUCACUCUCAUCGUCUGCAACUCCUUCGUGGACCCGCUGAUCUACGCCCUUCGCAGCCCGGAGCUCCGCAAGACCCUCAGAGAGGUGCUGCUCUGCUCUGCGGGAGGGCUGGUCACCUGGAGUCAGAACGCCUGCCUCACCAGGCCCCAGACUACCCACAGCAGCGCCCUCACCUUCCGCAUCCGCCGCACCUGGGCUUUCAUUGCCCCUGUAGACAGGAUGGACAGUGCGGAGGGCGCAGCCGGGCGCGCCGAGCCUCCGCAGCCAGCCGCCAGCAGCUCAGCGCCCAUCAGCAGCCCCAGCGCCGAGAUGCGGGAGAUCGUGCACAUCCAGGCCGGCCAGUGCGGCAACCAGAUUGGGGCCAAGUUCUGGGAAGUCAUCAGUGAUGAACAUGGCAUCGACCCCAGUGGCAACUACGUGGGGGACUCGGACCUGCAGCUGGAGCGGAUCAGUGUCUACUACAACGAGGCCUCCUCUCACAAGUAUGUGCCCCGGGCCAUCCUGGUGGACCUGGAACCUGGCACCAUGGACAGCGUUCGGUCGGGCGCCUUUGGGCACCUCUUCAGACCUGACAACUUCAUCUUUGGCCAGAGUGGAGCGGGCAACAACUGGGCCAAGGGGCACUACACAGAGGGCGCCGAGCUGGUCGACUCAGUGCUGGACGUGGUCAGGAAGGAGUGUGAGAACUGCGACUGCCUACAGGGCUUCCAGCUGACCCACUCGCUGGGUGGGGGCACAGGCUCCGGCAUGGGCACACUGCUCAUCAGCAAGGUACGUGAGGAGUACCCCGACCGCAUCAUGAACACCUUCAGCGUGGUGCCCUCGCCCAAGGUCUCGGACACAGUGGUGGAGCCCUACAACGCCACGCUGUCCAUCCACCAGCUGGUGGAGAACACGGAUGAGACCUACUGCAUCGACAACGAGGCCCUCUACGACAUCUGCUUCCGCACCCUCAAGCUGGCCACGCCCACUUACGGGGACCUCAACCAUCUGGUGUCAGCCACCAUGAGCGGUGUCACCACAUCCCUCCGCUUCCCUGGGCAGCUCAACGCUGACCUGCGCAAGCUGGCUGUCAACAUGGUGCCUUUCCCGCGCCUGCACUUCUUCAUGCCGGGCUUCGCGCCGCUCACUGCCCGGGGCAGCCAGCAGUACCGCGCCCUGACCGUGCCCGAGCUCACCCAGCAGAUGUUCGAUGCCAAGAACAUGAUGGCCGCCUGCGACCCGCGCCAUGGCCGCUACCUGACCGUGGCCACUGUCUUCCGGGGCCGCAUGUCCAUGAAGGAGGUGGACGAGCAGAUGCUGGCCAUCCAGAGCAAGAAUAGCAGCUACUUCGUGGAGUGGAUUCCCAACAACGUCAAGGUGGCCGUGUGCGACAUCCCGCCCCGUGGCCUCAAGAUGUCCUCCACCUUCAUCGGCAACAGCACGGCCAUCCAGGAGCUGUUCAAGCGCAUCUCAGAGCAAUUCACCGCCAUGUUCCGGCGCAAGGCCUUCCUGCACUGGUACACGGGCGAGGGCAUGGACGAGAUGGAGUUCACCGAGGCCGAGAGUAACAUGAAUGACCUGGUGUCCGAGUACCAGCAGUACCAGGAUGCCACGGCUGAGGAGGAGGGCGAGAUGUAUGAGGAUGACGAUGAGGAGUCCGAGGCCCAGGGCCCCAAGUAAAAGCCCUCAACCCUGGGGGUGGGGCGGGGGGAGGGGGCAGCAGCAUCUUUCCUCAGGGUCUCAGUCCCCAGAGCAGCCCUCAGCUCUGUCCCCCCACCCUAGCUGCCAGUGCUUUGCUUGGGGUCCCUGAGUUAUUGUCACCUAGUGUUCAUGUCACCCAUACCCCACGUCCCCUAGCUCUGGUCCUCUGACCUCCAUAUCCAUGUGGCUCCAGCGUCUGUUUAACUGAGGCUGCAGGCUUGCCCUCUGUGUGUCGUGGUUUUGUUUUUUACUGAUGUGUGUUUAUUUUGGUGUUAUUUUGAUUUGGAUAUUUAAUAAAUGUAUUGCUGUCAGAUA